AUUUUCGGCCUGUUAGUCAUUUUACACCUGGAACUGAAAGGCUGAAAUCUGAAAAAUCCCAAACUCUCGCCAUCGAAUUAUUUCUCUUCUCACAGUCUGUCUGAAUUCGACAUAUCGCCGGACAAUAAACCGUAACUGAAGCACGAUGCCGACUCUACAAGGCUCUUUGCCUCCUGAACUCGCUAACAAUGUGUUGUACCGAGAAUGUCUUCGUAGAGCUACAUUCAUUGGUAAGCAGCAACACAACACUGAGCUGGUGGUUGGUAUGGUGAGGCAGCAAUUUAAAAAACACAUGAAUGAGACCGACCCCGAGAAGAUUCAGAAGUUAAAGGAUGAUGCUGCUCGGGGACUCAUUAACCACAUGUUGUUUGAGUCGGAGAAGCUAACAGGACGCAAGGUUAGCCAGAGAACCUGAUGCAGCCUCGUUGCAGAAUCUCAUUGUUUUACUCUCUCUGGUUCAUUGUUAGCCAAUGAUGCAAGCUAGUUUGGCUUUAAUAAAAGAGUUUGUCAUAGCUUAAAUGUUUCAUAACAUUGAUCAAAGUGGUUCUAUACUUCUAAUCGAAUCAUACAGUUCUUCCC